AUGCUGGUGCCAGAGCACGAGGUUCCGAAUCAGACUGAGAUGUCGAUGGAGGGCUCAGAGCAGAGAGUGAAGGACAGACUGAGGUCACUUCAUAACAGGUUGAAGGUUUCUCAGAUCAUGUACGAAGAGAUGGUCUCGGAGAAUCUGUCCUUGAUGAAGGACAAGGAAAGAAUCGAACAAGAGCUCAAAGACUUGCGUAAAAACAUGAGAAACAAAUCUGGGCUGGAUGUUUACCCUACACCUCGUUCGACCACCCAAGUGGACAAUGCCGCCCAAAAGGAGCUCAAUGUCAUGCAGCAGCAGUUGAAAGUUACAUGUCAAGAAAUCAUCGCCUUGAGAAAGUCAAACACCGCGAAAGACAAUGAAAUCAAGCAACUAAAUGAGACGAUCGAGACGUUGGAAAGGGAAAAACAAGCAGACGACGAAGCAAUGCAAGAGCGAAUACAUCAGCUGAAGGAAGAGAAGGAAAGAUUAGAGAAGAGUCUCGUCGACCAUGAUUCUGUAAAGGAGGAACUUCUAACUCAAAAGCACGAAAACAAAUAUCUUGCAGCUGAAUUGGAAAAGAUCAAAGCGGACUUCUUCGAUUCCAAGGUUGUACUUCAUGAAUACGAAAAGCAAGAGACAGAAUUCUCAAAUGAAAUAGCAAGUCUGAAAGAUGAAAUGAACGAAAUCUCUGAAAGCAAUCAGAGAAUGGGGCAGAAGAUUGCGGUUGGCAAGCAAUUGAAGAUGCAUAACACCGUCUUGUCCAAUGUUGUACAUGAGUUGUUUAAAAACAUUGAGAGAGCUUCAUCCGAUCUGAGCGUAGUUCAGGAGGACUUGGAGUUUGCACUACAAAUGGUGAAGGAUUUGAUUGUUACCAAGGAGGCCACGGAGAAACGUUUGUCGCAAAGAAUUCAGACUCUAGAAGCCCAGAACGAGGGGUUACUCACCGAGAAUGAGAGGUACCGCAAACAGAUCUACUUGCACACGAAAGAAUUCCCUCUCAAACUCCAGGAAAUUACUUCUGACUUCGAAAAAGAGGUUCUUGAAGCGAAGAAAGUAAAGGACAAGCAAAUCGCAAGACUUCUGAGAAUAGUCUCGAAGAAAGAUGGCGAAUUAUACAAGCUGCGAAGCGUAUGGCAUAGCCUCUUGAAUGCACAUCCAGAUUCUGAAUGGAUAGCAAGCACAUGCCUGCAAGAAGUCAGGAGGCUGAAGCACGACAACGAGUUCCUUCAGAACAAGAUCAUGACAUGCGACGAGAACGUCGAGAGUCUCACCGUCACUAUCGCGAUCCAGUACCUGAAGCUCGUGCUCGCAAACUGGCGAAGACCCUUGUACACGAGACAGCUACAGCUGAGUCUAGCAAAAGCAGCUGCGAUCGAAGAGGAAGAAGAGCGAAUAGAAAGGAUGCAGAGAAGCGAAGGCGAGGCGAGGCUUGAGUCUCUACAUGAUCUCACUUGUCGUUCCGUAGAGCUUUUGGGCCACCAAGAGGAUUUUUCCCCAGAGAAAGUGAAUCUUCUCCGCAGUCAAAAAAUGAGAGACAACAGAACCCCUCAAGGGCUGCAGAGGCCCGUUGUCAGCAUGAUAGAAGGACAUGAAAACUCUGAGAGCAAAGUUCCAAUGCAAAACCCAAGUCAACAACCUUCAGGCAGAAAGGAUGACGACAUGAUUACGGGGGAGUCAUGGAUAGACGAUCAGCGGAAUAGAGCCUUGCAGGACGGGAGGAAGAAGUAUUCUUCUGUACAGACCUUUGGUCUUGGGAUGUUAGAACACAAAGAUGAGCCGAGCUCGGUGGACCCAUCCUUGAACGAGAGCUUCCUCCCUCCACCCAAAAUCUUGAGCGAGCGGGACAUCAGCAAUUCUGAGAGUGAUAUCAGUCAAGACGCAAGGGUGGCGAUAGACUGGGGCAGCGUGACUAGCAAGAUGGGGUACACGUCUUACGACUCUCACAACUCACUGAACCUUGAACGGACGGAGUACUCGUUCGACUCAUACCACUCACAGUUCGACAGAUCUCCUCCUUCCUACGUGAGCCCUGCUGCACUGAUUCCUUGCGCUACUCUGACCAGUGAACAGACCCCGAGCUCAUCUGGUGAAGUGAACCAAUACUUGUCCCAUCCCAGCUUGCGAGACGUCGAUCGUCAGACUGAAAACGAUACUUCAGCUCCUGCUCAGAGGCAAGGAAUGACUUUCCCGUCGGAUGUCGGAACCUCUCUUGCUUCUUCCACAUCUCCUAGCAUGUUCGCAGCCAUCAAGGCGCAGUUUCCAUCCCCCUCUUGGAUGGGCCUGAAAUCGGCUGGGAACUCGCCUGCUCUCUCGCCGACCAUCCCUCCAGCUCAGCUGCAGCUGGCUUCGGAAAAAGCUGCGGGCACCUCGAACAACUUUAGGCUGCAUCCGAAAAGUUUCUUGUACACAGAGAAAUAG